AUGGAGACUCUGCUUGGUGGGCUGCUGGCUUUUGGCAUGGCGUUUGCUGUGGUCGAUGCCUGCCCCAAGUACUGCGUCUGCCAGAACCUGUCUGAGUCACUGGGGACCCUGUGUCCCUCCAAGGGGCUCCUCUUUGUGCCCCCUGACAUUGACCGGAGGACAGUGGAGCUGCGUCUGGGUGGCAACUUCAUCAUCCACAUUGGCCGCCAGGACUUUGCCAACAUGACAGGACUGGUGGAUCUGACCUUGUCUAGGAACACCAUCAGCCACAUCCAGCCCUUCUCCUUCCUUGACCUCGAGAGUCUCCGAUCCUUGCACCUGGACAGCAACCGGCUGCCCAGUCUUGGGGAGGACACACUCCGGGGUCUGGUCAACCUGCAGCAUCUUAUCGUGAACAAUAACCAGCUGGGUGGCAUCGCUGAUGAUGCCUUUGAGGACUUCCUGCUGACAUUAGAAGAUCUGGACCUAUCGUACAACAACCUCCAUGGUCUACCCUGGGAUUCGGUACGGCGCAUGGUCAACCUGCACCAGCUGAGUCUGGAUCACAACCUGCUGGACCACAUUGCCGAGGGAACCUUUGCAGAUCUUCAGAAACUGGCCCGCCUGGACCUCACGUCCAAUCGGCUGCAGAAGUUGCCCCCAGACCCCAUCUUUGCCCGCUCCCAGGCUUCCUUGUUGACUGCCACACCCUUCGCCCCACCCCUGUCCUUUAGUUUUGGGGGAAACCCACUGCACUGCAAUUGUGAGCUUCUCUGGCUGCGGAGGUUGGAGAGGGAUGACGACCUGGAGACCUGUGGAUCCCCUGGAGGCCUCAAGGGGCGCUAUUUUUGGCAUAUUCGUGAGGAGGAGUUUGUGUGUGAGCCACCUCUCAUCACACAACACACACACAAGCUGCUGGUUCUGGAAGGCCAAGCAGCCACUCUCAAGUGCAAGGCCAUUGGGGACCCCAACCCCUUGAUCCACUGGGUCGCCCCUGAUGACCGCUUGGUGGGCAACUCCUCCAGGACUGCCGUAUAUGACAACGGCACCCUGGACAUUCUUAUCACCACCUCUCAGGACAGCGGAGCCUUCACCUGCAUUGCAGCUAAUGCUGCAGGAGAGGCCACAGCUACAGUGGAGGUAUCCAUUGUCCAGCUCCCACACCUUAGCAACAGCACAAGCCGGAUGGCGCCCCCCAAGUCUCGCCUUUCGGACAUCACAGGUUCCAGCAAGACCAGCCGGGGUGGGGGAGGCAGUGGGGGUGGGGAGCCUCCCAAAAGCGCCCCAGAAAGGGCUGUUCUUGUGUCCGAUGUGACCACCACAUCUGCCCUGGUCAAGUGGUCUGUCAGCAAGUCAGCUCCCCGAGUGAAGAUGUAUCAGUUGCAGUACAACUGCUCAGACGACGAGGUACUGAUUUACAGGAUGAUCCCUGCCUCCAACAAGGCCUUCGUGGUCAACAACCUGGUGUCCGGGACGGGCUACGACUUGUGUGUGCUGGCCAUGUGGGAUGACACAGCUACGACGCUCACGGCCACCAACAUUGUGGGCUGCGCCCAGUUCUUCACCAAGGCUGACUACCCACAAUGUCAAUCUAUGCACAGCCAGAUCCUGGGGGGCACCAUGAUUCUCAUCAUCGGGGGUAUCAUUGUGGCCACACUGCUGGUCUUCAUCGUUAUCCUCAUGGUUCGGUACAAGGUCUGCAACCACGACGCCCCAGGCAAGAUGGCAGCAGCCACUGUCAGCAAUGUGUAUUCGCAGACCAAUGGGGCCCAGCCUCCACCUCUGGGUGGGAUACCUGUUGGGCAGCUUCCUCAAGCACCACCCAAGGUUGUGGUGCGGAAUGAGUUGAUGGACUUCAGUACCAGCCUGGCCAGGGCCUGUGACUCUUCUUCCUCCAGCUCCCUGGGCAGCGGGGAAGCUGCAGGCCUGAGCCGGGGCCCCUGGAGACUCCCACCCCCUGCUCCUCGCCCCAAACCCAGCCUUGACCGCUUGAUGGGAGCCUUUGCCUCCCUGGACCUCAAGAGUCAAAGGAAAGAAGAACUUCUAGACUCCAGGACUCCAGCAGGCAGAGGGGCAGGGACAUCAGCCAGGGGCCACCACUCAGACCGAGAGCCACUGCUGGGGCCCCCGGCCACCCGUGCCAGGAGCCUUCUGCCUUUGCCCCUGGAGGGCAAGGCUAAAAGGAGCCACUCCUUUGACAUGGGAGACUUUGCAGCUGCAGCUGUAGCUGCUCCUGGUGGCUACAGUCCCCCUAGGCGGGUCUCAAACAUCUGGACGAAGCGCAGCUUGUCUGUCAAUGGCAUGCUCUUGCCCUUUGAGGAGAGUGACCUGGUGGGAGCACGGGGGACAUUUGGCAGCUCAGAGUGGGUCAUGGAAAGUACUGUGUAG